CCUCACCACCACACCUCACCGACUGCUCUUCUCCGCGGCUGCUCGCCGCCAGGCGAUGGCCCUCUGUCCGCGGUCUCUGUGCUCCCCUCUGCUCUGAGCAGGCGCCUGGGCCUGGCGGCAGCGUCGUCGCAUCCGACGCUCGUCGCGCCGGUGCCAGCCGCCAUGGCCGAGGCCGCGGCAGCCCCAGCGGCCGCGCCCGCGAGCGACAUCUCGCCCACCGCCGGCGCCGGGCCAUCUGAGGCUGUCGAUGUGCCUGCGGCCGAAGCUGCUGUGCCGGUCACUGAGGCCGCGAGCGAUGCUGCCGAGCCCUCGCUCGGCCCGCCAAAGAUGUCGCUCUCGCUCCUCGAUGCACCCUCGCCAUCACGGCCCAAGGCCCCCCUCGAGAGCGCUGCAUCAUCACAAGAUGUCCUUGCGCCAUCAGGAGCUGCGAUCGAAUCAGCUCCUGCUCCCGUGGGCGCAGAAGAGUCGCGCGACGAGAUCACGCCUCUGCGGCAAGACGCGAGUGCCGCAAAGGACGCGCCGGUCCUUUUCCACGACCCACCCUCGUCGCGCCGUCGCUCCGUGCCACCGUCGCCGGUAGGCGCCGCCAAGGCGCAGCCCAGCAGCACGCUUUCCACUGCGCCGAGCAGCAGCAAUCGCGCCGACGAUGCCACCGCACAGCAGCCGCCGGCCAGCAGCGAGCACGAGGACGAGGCAGCAGUGGACGACGACGACGAAGACGAUGCGACCGUUGACGAGGAGGGCGGCGUCAUUCGCUGCAUCUGCGGCUACGACACCGACGACGGCUUCACCAUUCAGUGCGAGCGCUGUCUCGUCUGGCAGCACUGCGCGUGCUUUGGCAUGUCGCAGUCGUCGGUGCCGGAUGAGUAUCUCUGCGAGACGUGCGACCCGCGCCCGGUCAACAUGCACUUCGCCCAGCAGCAUCAGCAGAAGCGACGCGAGGCCGAGACGCGCAAAGCCGUCGAGACGGCGCGGCGCAUGAGCACGAGUGCUGCGUGGGCCGCCGCUCACGCCGCCGGCCUGCCGUCUCCCCGAGGCGAGGCCACCGCUGGCUCACCGCAGACGCAGCAGCAGGCUCAGCCACAGCAGCCUGCCAGCUCGCCGCCGGCACCCGCGCAACAGUCGCCGCACGAGCAGCCGGGCCAGCGCCAGCCGCCAUCGCGAGGCCGCAAGCCCAGCGUCAGCAUAGACCUUAGUUCUGCCGGCUUCGUGCCGCCUGAGAGCGCCCAGGUCGGUGGCAAGGGCAAGAAGAAAGGCACGGCGAAGAGCGGGCGCAAGACGCCGGGCGCGGAUACACCCGCAGCAGGCACGCCGCGCGCAGGCACCUCCUUUGCCGGGCCGCUGACGCCGCUCACCGCAUCGCGCGCUGCGAGCAAUGGCAACGGAGGUGCGGCGACUCUGGCGACGUCCGCCGCAAGCAUCGCCGCCGCCGAAGCCGACGAGCGUGCGCUGGAGCGCCUGGAGGCUUGGCAUGCCGAGUUCACGCCAACGGAGCGCAGCAUCGUCGCAGAGCCUCGCUGUCUGGCCACGCUCGAGGCCGCCAUGGCCGAGUACGGUAGCGCGCGGCGCCAGGCGCUGCGCACCGCUGGACCCGAGCGCUUCGGCGACAGGGAUUGCUGGAUCGUGCAGCCGGCAUCGGGCUCAGCGCCGCCCGGCGACGAGGACAUUGCUCUGGACUCGGUCGAUCCGCUCACGCCUGUUGGCGGCGAGUGCGUCCCGAUCGAGCUGUCGGGUCCCAGUCUCGAUGCGCUGGCGUCGCCCACGUACGUCAAGCACAUCUCGGAGGGUGCCGCCGGCGCCAUCUUUGGCAACGUCAUGUCGAUCGCGCCGCUGCCCUCGGAGCCGUCUCGGCCCUGGUGCGCCUCGCGCACCUUCUCGCGGCCGGUCAUGCACGGCCUCUUUGCCGAUGCGCCGAUUCCGAAGGGCGCCUUCAUCACCGAGUACCGCGGCGAGCUGCUCUCGGCGGACAAGUACCGCGCCGACCCUGUCAACCAGUACCAUGCGAUCGGCACGCCCAAGCCGCAUGUCCACCUCUUUCCGCCGCCGCUGGCUCUGGCGAUCGAUGCGCGGCGCUUCGGCACCGAGGCGCGCUUUGCGCGCUCGUCCUGCCACCCGAACGCUGUCCUGCGCCCGAUUCUCUUUGCGCGCGACGCGCUUGAGGGUGCCGACUCGCCUGCCGAGGCCGAGCCGGAGCUGCUCUUUGGCAUCUUCAGCCUCGUGGACAUUCAGCGCACGCACGAGAUCACGCUCGGCUGGGAGUGGGACGACGAGCACAUUGUGCACCUGCUGCCUGCGCUGGUCAAGAAUCCAGCCCUCGGCGUGCCCUCUGCGUCGACCGACGGCGAGGGCGCGAGCAGCGCGGCAUUAGCUGCAGCUGCGAUCGCUGCCAAGGUCGCCUCGGGCGCGCGCACCACGGAGCGCGAGAGGCGCAAUGCGGCCAUUGCCGCACUGGCAGAGCGCGGCGACUUUCCCUACGUCAACACGCGCUUCAGCGCCAGCAUGAAUGCUGUGCUUGCCGUGCUGCUCGGCGCGGCACUCUGCGCGUGCAUCGGCAGUGCAGCGGCGCCCGCGGGCCAGGGUGGCCAUGCGAGCGCAAACAACGCCCGGCGACAGGACUGCGCCAUCGCACAGAUGCUGCGCCUGGCGCAGGGCAUGAGCAUGCAGAACGUCGCCAUGCCCGGCAGCAAGUCGCACCGCAAGAUCCGCCCGCCAGACUUUGAGCCACUGGUGGGCGUGCGGCGCUGGUGGCGCACGACGAGCAUGCCGCCGACACCCGCGGACAGCGCCGAUGCGCCAGACGAGGAGGAGAAGGUCGACCUGACGCUGCGCGGUCUCGAUGUGCCAUACCAGACGACAGCAGAUGGGCGUGUGGGGCUGGUGCAAGAGGCGGACUACCUGCGCGCCAUCAAAGACGCCGAGAGACGAGCACUCGCCGAGCGGCGCGCCGCUGCGGGCGACGCGGACAUGGACGAGGUCAAGGCAGAGGCUGUGUCGUCCGACGAGGACAUGAGCGACGCGCCCUCUGCCGCCUCGUCGCUGACAGAGCCGCUGUCCGGUCUGACUGACCUCGAGGACGAGGAGGAUGAGGACGACGAAUUGCGAGACCUCAUCCGUCGCGAGCAGCUCGAAGAGGACGGCAGCUCCAGCUUGCUGCCGCUCAAGAAGCGAGUGUCUGGCACGCGUCUCAAGGCGACGUACUCCAACGGCGAGGAGUCCGAUGCCGAGGGCGAUGGCGUCGCGGGCUCGCGGCGCAUGUCAAAGUCGCGCAGCACACCGCUGCCUCGCGGACAGCAGUCGAAGAAGCGCAGCCGCGUGUCGUCCAAGGCCAGUCCCAAGCCUCCGAAGGCGCGCCGCAGCCGGCCACGCGUGGAAGACAGCGACGAGGACGACGGCGCUGCGCCAAAGUCAUCUUCACGCUCGGCAAAGAAGCGCCGCCGGGCCGGCAAGUCUAUCGAGCCCAGCUCUCCUCUGACUUCGGCGCCGGACGACGGCGAAGGCUCAUCUCUCUCGGAUGCCAGCCUGAGCCCUGCGCCUACGCUCCGCAAGAACUCGACCGUGUCGACUGCGGCGUUCUCCGACAUCCUCUCGGACCCGGACAGCAGCGGCGACGAUCAGCGUGUGGCCUCUUCCAAGGGCUCGCGGCGACGCAGCUCGGCGAAAGAGGACGAUGCUGAUGUCUCGCGCACGUCUGACCUGUCGGAGGCUGCCCUCCGCGCACGCAACGCCAACAACCUGGCCGCGGCGAAGCUGGCCAAGGCGCGCAAGCAGCAGCAGCGCAUGUCGCUCGCUGACCUGGCCGAGAGCGAGUCGUCCGGCGAGGAGCGGCAGCGUCCCUCGCACAAGCAAAGCAUAACGAAGCGCGCCCGGUCUUCCGACCCUGCGCGCGUCGCCAAGGUCAAGAAGCCACGCCUGGUUAUCUCGAGCGAGGAUAGCGACGGUUCGGAGGACGAUGACUCGCGCGGCACGCGAGACCGCACACCGACGCAGCAAGCUGACCUCGCUGCCCGCGCCGAGGUGACGUCCUCGCCGUCGCAGCCGCAGCCGUUCGAGCCCGCCCCGGCCGCUGCGCCCGAGCCUGCUCCUGCUCCCGAACCUGCGCGAGCCAAACUUACGCUUGCGGAGUACAAGAAGCGUCUGGCAGAGCGUCGCACGACGGAGGCCAAUGCUUCCGCAGUGCAGACGCCGUCCGAGCCCAGCGUCACGCCAGUCGAGGCAGCGCCGGCACCAGCACCGCUGGCCCCGCGCCCGCCGCGCUCCGCGACCCCGCCGGGCGUCGCCAGCUACUUCCCGCCUGCACCGCUGCGGCCGAAGUCGCCUCCGCCGCCUCGCACGCCCAUCACGGCCGCCAGUCCGUUUGGCGCGCGGCCGCCUCUGCCGCCAUACAUGACAAGCCCCACCGCUCUGGCAGGUCCGCGCGCCCCUGCAUACGGUGCCGCGACGCCAUUUCAGGCCGCGAUGCCGCAGGCAGCGAUGUCUCAGAGCGCCACUGGUCCUGUCGCACCGCCGGCAUGGGCUGCGCCUCCGCCUCCCAGCAACGUGCCGACGUCCGUACCCGCACCGCGGCCGCCAAGCAACUUCCGACAGGCGUUCCGUGCAGCUCUGGGCUCAGCCGAGGCACCCCCGGCGGGCGCUCCUGGCCCCGGCUUCGAGCGUCCCUUUCCCGCGGCGCCUCCACCCGGGACGCCUGGCUUCAACCCGCCUCGCGGGCCCAAGGCACUUAUCAAUGCUGCCGGCCCAGGGCCGCGCAUGCCCUCAGCCGCCAUGGGCCAGCCGACCUUUGCGCGGCCCGGCGAUGCACCUGCGAGCCAUCCCGGCGCGCGCCGGCACUCCAACUCCUUCUCCAACGCCAGCGCGAGCAGCAUGAGCCCGCCGCACGCGAUGGGCGGCCGCAUGUCGGUCGACGUGUCGAUGGGCGGCGCGCCGAACCAGACGCCCAGCCCCAGCCCGACGCUGCGAGCCAGCUCGGGCGACUUUGGCGGGCCCAACGGGCCGCGCGGCUCGCUCGACGACGGCAUGCCGGCGCCCGACUUUGGCGCGCCGGCGCUGCCGCCCAGCCCGCGAGCGCCCGUGCCGCAGCGCCCAGUUGCUCCAGGUGCGAUGCCUGGCGGCGGCCUGGAGCCUGCUGGCGGCUUUGUGCCUGGCUUCGCGCCCGAUGCGGCGCCUGGCGAGGGUCCGCCGCGGCCAGGCCCUCCCGGCGCCGGUGCGCCAGGCAUGGGUGCGUGGCGCGGCCGCGGCCGAGGCUGGUUUGGCGGUCCCGGCGGGCCGCCUGCGGCACGAGGCGGUCCUCCCGGCGUGCCUCGUGGCGGCGGCCCACCGCACGCUGCGCCGGGCAUGGGUGCGCCGGCGUGGCCUGCCGCACCGCGAGGAGGCGGCUCGGGCUGGGGCGCCCGUGCCCGCGGCGCCGGCUGGCGUGGACGCGGCGGCGGCGGCCGCGGCAGCUGGUGAUGGCACCGACGCUCGUCGCUGUGUGCGCCGUCUGUUCCCUUUCUCUAUACCUCUGGGCAUCCAUCUCCCUCCUGUCACCUCCCGAUGCGCGAUGCAAGGCGGCCUCGCGACUUCUGUGCUUGUACGUGACCCACGCGCGCCCCUCCGCGGCGCCCUCCUGUACUUUAGCUUGGCUUGCACUCGUAACGACGAUACUCUGC